CCGGAGGAACGAGUUAUGGAGCCGCCCAGCUGCAUUCAGGACGGGCCGUUCCCGCACCCGCUGGAGCCCGAGCCGGGCUCCCCAGCACAGCCUGGCCAGGGGAAGCCGGGCGACAAGCAGUUCCGGCUCUGGUACGUGGGAGGCUCGUGCCUGGACCGGAGGACAACGCUGCCCAUGCUGCCCUGGCUCAUGGCCGAGAUCCGCCGGCGCAGCCAGAAGCCCGAGGCUGGCGGCUGUGGGGCCCCCGCGGCCCGUGAGGUCGUCCUGGUGCUCAGCGCGCCCUUCCUGCGCUGCGUCCCCGCGCCCGGGGCCGCCGGGGGCGCGGGACCCUCGGCCCCACAGCCCAACCCCGCUGUGUUCAUCUUCGAGCACAAGGCGCAGCACAUCGCGCGCUUCAUCCACAACAGCCACGACCUCACCUACUUUGCCUACUUGAUCAAGGCACAGCCGGACGACCCCGAGUCGCAGAUGGCCUGCCACGUUUUCCGCGCUACCGACCCCAAUCAGGUCCCCGAUGUCAUGAGCAGCAUACGACAGCUAUCCAAAGCCGCCAUGAAAGAAGGAGCCAAGCCCAGCAAAGACAACGAGGACGCCUUUUACAACUCGCAGAAGUUCGAGGUCCUGUACUGCGGCAGGGUGACGGUGACGCACAAGAAGGCCCCGUCCAGCCUCAUCGACGACUGCAUCGAGCAGUUCAGCCUGCACGAGCAGCUGCGCCUGCGGCUGCAGGGCGAGGAGCCGGGGGCCCCCGAGGCCGAGGUGCCCGGGUCCCCCGGCCACAGCUUGCCCCAGGAGGCCGAAGGCCCCGCCGACAGCCCCCCGGCCCUGCCAGUCCUGGCCAGCCAGCCCGCGCUGCCCAGCAAUCGCGUUUGCUUCCCGGAGCGGAUUCUGGAAGACGGUGACUUGGAUGAGCAGCAGGAGUUUCGGGCUCGUUGCAGCAGCGUCACCGGCGUCCUGCAGAAGAAGAUUCACGAGAACAGCCAGACGUCACAGCCCAGGAGGAGACACGCCAGCGCGCCCAGCCACGUCCAGCCCUCCGACUCCGAGAAGAAUAGAACCAUGCUCUUUCAGGUUGGACGAUUUGAGAUUAACCUUAUCAGUCCAGAUAGUAAAUCAGUUGUGCUAGAGAAGAAUUUUAAAGAUAUCUCCUCUUGUUCUCAGGGUAUAAAGCACGUUGAUCACUUUGGCUUUAUCUGUCGGGAGUCUCCAGAGCCUGGGCUGAGCCAAUACAUUUGUUACGUGUUCCAGUGUGCCAGUGAGUCUCUGGUGGAUGAGGUCAUGCUGACCCUGAAGCAGGCAUUCAGCACGGCGGCUGCACUGCAGAGUGCCAAGACGCAGAUCAAGCUGUGUGAAGCCUGCCCCAUGCACUCUUUGCAUAAGCUCUGUGAGAGGAUCGAAGGUCUCUACCCACCAAGAGCCAAACUGGUGAUCCAGAGACAUCUCUCAUCACUGACAGAUAAUGAGCAAGCUGACAUCUUUGAGCGAGUUCAGAAAAUGAAGCCCAUAAGUGACCAGGAAGAAAAUGAACUGGUGAUCUUGCACCUGCGGCAGCUGUGUGAGAGCAAGCAGAAGACACACGUGCAUACUGGGGAAGGGCCAGCCGUGUCGAAUAUUUCAAAUAGUACAAUCCCAGAAAAUGUAACGAGUGGCGGAAGAUUCAAGCUGGACAUUUUGAAAAAUAAAGCAAAGAGAUCCUUAACCAGCUCCCUGGAAAAUAUCUUCUCAAGGGGAGCUAACAGAAUGAGAGGUCGACUUGGAAGUAUGGACAGCUUUGAGCGGUCUAACAGUCUCGCAUCAGAGAAGGACUACUCCCCAGGGGACUCUCCUCCAGGAACCCCACCAGCCUCGCCCCUGUCCUCUGCCUGGCAAGCCUUCCCUGAGGAAGAUUCGGACUCCCCGCAGUUCCGAAGACGGGCGCACACCUUCAGCCACCCUCCUUCGAGCAGCAGGAGAAAGCUGAACCUCCAGGAUGGCAGGGCCCCCGGGGUGCGCUCACCUCUGCUGAGGCAGAGCUCCAGCGAGCAGUGCAGUGAUGGAGAAGGAAGAAAACGGACCUCGUCCACCUGUAGCAACGAGUCCCUGAACGUCGGAGGAACCCCCGUCACUCCGCGUCGGAUCUCCUGGCGACAGCGUAUUUUCCUGCGGGUUGCAUCGCCCAUGAACAAAUCCCCCUCAGCUAUGCAGCAGAAAGAUGGACUGGACAAAAACGAGCUGCUACCCCUGUCCCCACUCACUCCUACUAUGGAGGAAGAGCCUCUUGUUCUAUUCCUGUCUGGUGACGAUGACCCAGAAAAGGCCGAAGAGAAAAAGAAAUCAAAAGAACUGAAGAGCUUGUGGAAGAAAGCUAUACACCAGCAAAUCUUGUUGCUUCGAAUGGAGAAGGAGAACCAGAAACUGGAAGAAGGAAAACAUCAGAAGCCUAUAGGGUAUAUUUGGGAAAUGAAGAGUGAAGAUAAUGAGAUCGUUAAAGAAGUUUUAAUAACCUGGGAUAAGAAGCUGCUAAACUGUAGAGCUAAAAUCAGAUGUGAUAUGGAAGAUAUCCAUACUUCUCUUAAAGAAGGAGUUCCUAAAAGUCGACGAGGAGAAAUUUGGCAGUUCCUAGCUUUGCAAUACCGUCUGAGACAUAGGCUGCCGAACAAACACCAGCCCCCCGACACCUCCUACAAAGAACUUCUCAAGCAGCUCACUGCCCAGCAGCACGCCAUCCUCGUGGAUCUGGGAAGGACAUUUCCUACUCACCCCUACUUUUCAGUGCAGCUGGGCGCAGGGCAGCUGUCGCUCUUUAACCUCCUGAAAGCCUAUUCUUUGCUGGACAAGGAGGUGGGCUACUGUCAGGGGAUCAGCUUCGUGGCUGGAGUCCUGCUUCUGCACAUGAGCGAAGAACAAGCCUUUGAAAUGCUGAAAUUCCUCAUGUAUGACCUGGGCUUCCGCAAGCAGUACCGACCCGACAUGACAUCUCUCCAGAUUCAAAUGUACCAGCUGUCCCGGCUCCUUCAUGACUACCACCGAGAACUCUACAAUCAUCUGGAGGAAAAUGAGAUCAGCCCCAGCCUUUAUGCUGCCCCUUGGUUCCUUACACUCUUUGCCUCCCAGUUUCCGUUAGGAUUUGUAGCCCGAAUUUUUGAUAUGAUUUUUCUUCAGGGAACUGAAGUUAUAUUUAAGGUUGCACUCAGCUUACUGAGCAACCAAGAGACACUUAUAAUGGAGUGUGAAAACUUUGAAAAUAUUGUCGAAUUUCUCAAAAGCACGCUUCCUGAUAUGAACUCCUCUGAAAUGGAAAAAAUUAUUACCCAGGUUUUUGAGAUGGAUAUUUCCAAACAGUUGCAUGCCUAUGAAGUGGAGUAUCAUGUGCUGCAGGAUGAGCUGCAAGAAUCGUCCUUUGCCUGUGAGGACAACGAAUCUUUGGAGAAGCUCGAGAGGGCCAACAACCACCUAAAGAGGCAGAACAUGGACCUCCUUGAAAAAUUACAGGUGGCUCAUGCCAAAAUCCAGGCCUUGGAAUCAAACCUGGAAAAUCUUUUGACCAGAGAAACCAAAAUGAAGACUUUAAUCCGAACCCUGGAACAAGAAAAAAUGGCUUAUCAAAAGACAGUGGAACAAAUUCGGAAGCUGGUGCCUGGAGAAGCUCUUGCCAACUGUGAGAUGCUGUUGAGAGACUUAAACUGCAACCCUAACAACAAAGCCAAGGCAGGAAAUAAGCCAUAAUUCCCAACACGCAGCCUCAGCACCAAGCCCUCCUUUGCAUUGGAUUGAGGAAGCACUUGCAUGCAGCUGGCUCACACUGGACCAGAAACUGGAAGAGCCACCGUGCACUGGUGCCGAGCCCCUGGUGAGCAGAAUGUGCCAAUCCUAAGCCAUUGUACAGAAAAUCCAGACUGAUUUUUUUUCUUGUUGUUGCUGCCUAUGUAUAUAUAUAUAGUAUAUAUAUAUAUGUAAAAUGGACAUAAAGAGUUCAUGCUUUCAAAUAUGCCGAGUAGACUUAUAUUUACAACAAUUUUUUAUUUCAGCCAGAAACUUUAUGAAAUUUUCGCCAAAGGGAAGUUGAAGUGAAAUUCCCCAUGGACAUGUAGAAAAAGUGUUUUUUUUUGUUUGCCUUUGUAGUGAAACAAAGCUAGAUAACAUCUAUGAAUAUUGAAAUAUACUUGAAAAAAAAUGAAUGUAUUUUUUUUUCCUCCAAAGAAUAGCAUGUUUCACUCAAGGGCGGAAGGUGGAAACACUGCUGUUAACUUCAUGUGUAUCUGUCUUAAAUUCUACUGACAUUGUCUGUAGAGACACAUGACUGGUUGUUAGGCACAGUCCUUUGGGAUAUUGAGGAAGGCGAUGGCUUCGUGCUAACAGGGUUGUGUCUCUAUGAGUUUUGAGUCUAGCUAGGCCUCAUUUUAGAUAUCCUAAGGAAAAAGCGGGACAUCGUGGCUGAAUCUACCCAGCUCAAGGUAAAGGAUAAUGUUGCUAAUUUUACAGCAGUUUGGAACAUCCUGGUCAUUUAAGCAGAAACCAUCAGGCUUCAGAAAUAGAAUUUUGGACCUAAAUCGCAUAGAUUAGUCUUCUCCCUUUUUGUUUAAAUGAUUUCUGCCAUUAUGCUUGGCUACCCUUUGCCAAGUGAUGUAGAUUUGACAUUUUCCCAUGCUAAUUACCAUGAAAGCUCUCAAAUCAGUUCUCUCUCUACUUUCAAUAUAAGAUAAGCAAGGACAAUUAUGAUUGAUUUUUCCCAAAGAUGGUGUCCUGUGUUUAGGCACUUUUCCCCGCUUAGCCAAUUGACAGACUCCAAUAAAUUCUACAUCAUCUUCCCCUUUCAUGGAAAAAUUUUAGGAGAACUGUGAAAUGUUUAGGAAAUUCCCAGGAAGGGAUGGGAAAGAUGGCACCAGCCCAACCAAACCCUAAAAUUCUAUAUUUGGUCUUUGAAGUGUCUCUGUGUACGAAUAGCUUAUUGGUGGACACUGUUGCGUGCUGGAUAUAUAUAAGAAAAGUUAAUUUUCAAAGUACCCAUGCAGACCUUCACAGCUGAGAUGAAUUUGUGAUAGUGCCUCUGAAAUGGACGUAGACAUUUUGUUUUUCCAAAAUGUAUUUAUUGUUACUGCCUUUUGUAUUUGUAUUUUUUAUUUUUGCAGGACUUGUGGCUUCACAGAUGGAUUCUUUAGGGUAGUUUUCUUCAAAGAGAGUUUGUUUUUCAUAAUCUGAAAUGUUUCAUGUAGGGUAAGUAUCAAGCUCUGAGGAUUUCAGAAAUCCUUGAUAAACCACAGAAACCCCAUUUGCACUGUUAAUCAGUGUGAAACCGAUCAUUCUUCCUGUAGAUCAGCAUGCUGUGUGAUUUCUCGUCCAACAAUCAAGUCUGAGUAGCAAGUAAAUUUAGUGUAACUUCUAGGUCCUGGGAGAUGGUGAUUCUAAAUAUCCCAUUUAGUUGAGACCACCAAAGUAUUAGUUGCUUGGCUUUCCCAAAAAUGUCCCUAUUUAUAGGAAGGUA